AUGGCGGAGACUCUGAGCAGCAACGCGAUGAACUAUCUCGUAUGGCGAUACCUUCAGGAGGCCGGCUUCGGUAACGCAGCCUUGCAACUCUCGCGAUGCUGGAUCCGCGACCCCGACACGCUUCCCUUUGCGAAGAACAUCGAACCGCACACACUCAUCAGGCUCGUGCAGGAUGGCAUGUGCUUCGACCAGCUACAGGCCGAGGCUUGCAAUACGGAGCCGCGAUACAGGUUCGGCACCGACCACGGACGACCAUAUUCGGCGCGCAAUGGCAACCUCUUGACCCUCGACAAGGGCAUACCCGCCCACCAACUCGCCGCCGAAGCCAACGGCGCCGUCCAGGAACCCCCACCAAAGAAGACGCUCAAGCGCAAGAAGACGAAGCCCACCAACGGCGUCGAGCCGCGCCCCGAGCCCCAGGUCAACGGCGAUGCCAUGGACAUCGAGCACAACGGCGCCGCACAUGUCACAAACAGCACGAGGGCCGAGUCGGAGCCCAUGGUCUCGGAAGCAGAGUCGCCCUCGCUUGCUGACAUCCCCAUAUCCACGCUUAGCAUAGGCCAGGACGCUGAGAUCCAGACCGAAGCCAUUGCCAUUGCUGAUCUGAAUUCCACCACUGUCUCCAUUCCUCCGCCCUCGGAUCCCGCACGAGUAAUCGAGCAUACCCUGUGGGGGCCAAUAGAGUCUCCCGUACUGCUCGCGGCUGGCAAAUCCCUCCUCCAGCUUCACGUCGUGAGCAAGGAGCUCGGCCAUGAACCCCCUACCCAACAUUUCGACAUACCUCUGCCCGUCGACAACUUCAACGUCACGGCGCUGUGCUGGCACUCGGACAACGAACUUACCGUCUCUGUGCGAGAGCAGAGAUCCAAUGAAGUGGGGGAAAAGAUGAUGAUGGACAAGCUCAUCAAGCUUACCGAAGGCGGUCAGGCCUCCCAGGUCGUCUCUUCUACCGCCGGCCUCAUCAACACGCUUCGCUGGAAUCCGGUCCGGAAUUUGCUGCUAUCUAUUUCGACAGACGGCGAAAAGGGCUCCAUCAAGGUGUGGAAAAACGACAGCGACUCCAUCCCAGCCUGGACAGAGUUCACCGACACAGCCAUCUUCGACGCGCACUGGAUAAGCGACUCAGCUUUUGUCGUUUGCGGUAUCAAGCUCUUCAAGAUCUACGAGGUCAAUGAAUCCUUGACAAUCCAGCAAACUCUCGAGACCUCAGUAACAUGGGAGACGGUAAAAUAUGACGCUGCAUCUGGCAUCAUCGCUGUCUUGGGCAUCGAGGAUAGGAAGUAUUAUCUGGGCAUUCUCCACCCCAACGAUUCGCUGCAACUCCAGACCCAUGAAUAUCCCGACGAAUACCCUACCGAUCUUGGCUUCCGCGUCAAAGCAAAGAACAACCAUCUCACCAACGGCUCCGCUCUGCCAUCCGUCUUGCUUGCAACAAGCUCCAUGUCUGGUGCGACGCGCAUCUGGAAUGCCGACGAACCAUUCAAAUGCGUCAAAUAUCUGCCUACCACAGAUGGCACACAAGCCUUCAAAACUGCAUUUUCCCCAGACGGUUCGCUCUUAGCGGCUGCGGGACCUGAUGCUGUCACCAUAUGGGAUAUAGAAAAAAGAGAUGUCCCAAUAGCCUCGUGGCGAGCCAGUGAAACUCCAAGCGACAAAUGGAAUCCUGGUAUAGACGGAGAGUUCAGUCUUGGUUGGGAGCCAGACAGCUCCAGGCUAUCCAUUGCACUCGGAAAUCAGAUUGCCAUCAUCACGGUUCCAAGGUAG